AUGUCCGCCCACAACGAACCCCAACAUACACAAACACCCACCCCUAGCCUCCACCUCCACACCACCUUCGCUCUCCCUCCGCCAUCCUCCUCGCAAAACCACCACUACAGCCACACCCACACCCACACCCAGAAACCCGCUCCCAGAAGAACCACCACCACCACCACCACUCUCCUCACCCCCUCCACCUCGCCCACCAUCUCCCCGCUCAGCUCCACAACCACCAGUCCAACCUCCUCCCCCAUCUCCAACCCGGAAUCCAUCUCCUCCACCUCCUCCGCCUCGCUAUAUUCGACGGCCUCCCCGCCCCCAUUCGCAUUCCACCGCUUACACUUCCCUUUCUCGGGGGCCACCACCACCACCACCAAGCCGCAAUACAAAUACAACCCCAACCCACCCACCAAACAACGAGAUCUCACCACCCCACCCCUCAGUCCACAUUUAGUCCCCUUCACCCCGGCGCCGAGGACACCUACCACGCAGUCGCAGACGCAGUCACAGUCACAGCACCAGCACCAGCAGGACCAGGACCAGGACCAGGACAGAGUCCUCCCACCCCUCUCCCUCCUCUCCCUCUCCCCCUCACUCUCCCGAUCGUCAUCGCCCUCGCCGGCGCUCUCGCCCUCCUUGACACUGGGACCGGGACCGGGACUGGGACUGAAUCUGCAGCCUCAAACUCCUCGACCACUACAGCUGCAGUCGCAGCACCACCACCAACUCAGACCCAGAAACCUCUCGAAAAUCGAGAAGGAGGUGCUCGAGGAACAAGGCCGCGCGGCGGGGGAUGCGGUGGAGCGGGUGGGGUUGGGGAUGUUGGAGCCCAGACCGUCGUUGCCUUGGACUGAUGCGGCGGGGGGGAUAGGGAUGAUCGGUAGGCGGGGCCUUGGAGGGGGAGGGGUAGUGGCGGCGUUUGAGGGGAUCGAGGAGGUUUUGGCGGGGUGA